UUCAGUUGCUCUCCGUACUUCGAGUCCGGCUGGUCAGAGAUCAGAACGCGGAAUUCUAUAUAGCCCGAUCGCGAAUUUCUUAUCUGUCCCACAUCUUCCUCCUUCCAUUCAUGGCCAUGUCAUCGCAUCUGGGAAAAUUCAGCAGUAUUGACUCGUUUUUAACUGCUGGAUUAGUUUUUUGUAUUGCCUUAUCCGGUGCUUUAAGCGUCUCAUCCGAAAAGCCUAAUAUCAUCAUUAUAAUGGCCGAUGAUAUGGGUUUCGAUGACGUAAGUUUCCGUGGCUCCAACAACUUUCUCACUCCCAACAUCGAUGCUCUGGCAUAUUGUGGAGUUAUCCUGAACAAUCUCUACGCCGCACCCAUGUGCACACCUAGCCGGGCUGCUCUUCUAACUGGCAAAUAUCCCAUUAAUACAGGUAUGCAACACUAUGUGAUCGUGAACGAUCAGCCCUGGAGUCUUCCGCUGAACGAGACGACCAUGGCGGAGGUUUUCCAGGGAAAUGGCUACCGAACCAGUCUCCUGGGAAAGUGGCACUUGGGAAUGUCGCAGCGAAACUUCACGCCCACCCAACGGGGAUUUGAUCGCCAUUUGGGCUACCUUGGAGCCUAUGUGGAUUAUUACAGCCAGAGCUAUGAACAAAAGAGCAAUGGCUAUAAUGGCCAUGACUUCCGCGACAAUCUGAAACCCAGCCACGAUCAGGUGGGCCACUAUGUCACCGAUGUGCUCACCGAUGCAGCUAUUCAAGAGAUUGAGGAUCACGGAUCGAAAAACAAUAGCCAGCCACUCUUUUUGCUUUUGAGUCAUCUGGCUCCACACGCUGCAAAUGAUGAUAGUCCCAUGCAGGCGCCCGACGACGAGUUGGCCCAAUUUGAGUACAUUCGAAAUGAGACCCAUCGUUACUAUGCGGCAAUGGUGUCGCGACUGGACAGGAGUGUGGGAAUGGUCAUAAACGCCCUGGCACGGCAGGAAAUGCUCCAAAACAGCAUCGUGCUCUUCCUGUCUGACAAUGGUGGGCCAUCUCAGGGACAGCACUCCACCACAGCCUCCAACUAUCCAUUGAGAGGGCAAAAGAAUUCCCCAUGGGAGGGCGGAUUGCGAUCCUCGGCGGCCAUUUGGAGCACUGAGUUCGAGCGCCUGGGCAGCGUGUGGAAACAGCAGAUCUAUAUUGGCGACCUGCUGCCCACGUUGGCAGCAGCAGCUGGAAUAUCGCCGGAUCCGGACCUCCGCCUGGAUGGCUUGAACCUAUGGUCGGCGCUCAAGUACGGAUACGAAUCGGUGGAGCGGGAGAUUGUCCACGUGAUCGACGAGGAUGAGGCGGAACCCCAUCUGUCCUACACGCGUGGCAAGUGGAAGGUAAUCAGCGGCACUACCAGCGGCGGCAUUUACGACGGCUGGCUGGGCCAGCGGGUGACCAGUGAGGAGGAUCCCCGAUCCGGGGACUACGAGGAUCUCAUUCGGAACACCAGUGUUUGGCAGCAGUUGCAGCGGGUAUCCGCCGGGGAGCGCAACAUAAGCGAGCUGCGGGAUCAGGCCAGGGUCGAGUGUCCGGUUCCUGCGACUGGAAUCAAGCCCUGUAUGCCCCUCGAGGCACCCUGUCUCUUCGACAUCGAGGCGGAUCCUUGCGAGCAGAGCAACCUGUACGAGGAGUAUCGAAAUACGACUAUCUUUCAGGAUCUCUGGCAGCGAAUCCAACAGUUCGCCAAAGAUGCCCAUCCGCCCAACAACAAGCCAUCGGAUCCGGACUGCAAUCCCCGAUUCUACCACAAUGAGUGGACCUGGUGGCAGGACGAACAGGCCUCUAGUUCGGGGACCACGGGGCGGAUGAAAAUCUUUACCCUUUUCCUAGGAUUUAUUGUGACAAGUCGUUGGUUUGUCUCAAUUUGGGAUACGCUUCCAAUUACAUUUCUUCCUUAUUUCAGAAUCAAUACCAACAAUUUAGUUUAAACUAUAAUAUUAGUUAAAAAUAAUCGAAGUAGAGCCGUGAUAAGCAAUGGUUAUAUUUUUAUGUUGAUAAUAACCAUUUGUAGUUUCCAGGGAACUCAUUAUGAAUCGAGAGUUUGGAGCAAACCUAUUUAGAUAAUUUAUAGCUUAAAUUUGACCAAACCGCAAAAAUUCCGGGUAAUGUCUUAAUGACUCCUGUGUCAAAUAGGCAAUCCGCUUGCUUAUCUUAUCGAUCACCUUCUGUGGAAACUGAUAACUGCAAAACCCCCUUCAAAUCAAUCAGAGGAAGAGAUCUCUGCCAAUCAUUAGGGCUUACAAAGUAUUUAACGAAGUUGCAAUAAUAUAUGAGGAUUUAUAGUUAUAUUUUAGGAUGGUACAUUUUGUUGAAAUGGUACAAAUUCAUUGAAAAACACGAUAAGAUUUUUGUAAUCAGAUGUUAUUUCUAUAAAAAGAAAAUUAGUCAGAGAUUUUGUUGAUUUAUGUUUUUGUAUAAAAUUUACGAAUACGAAUUAGUGAUGAUGAGCACUGUCAAACGAUUGUGUUUUGUGUGUAUAUUUAUAUAUU